ACGUAAUUCAAUCAAUCAAUCCAUUGUGUAUGGGCGCUUUCCUCAAACCUUUUCACUGAUCAACAACGCAAAAUUGAACCCACCCAGUCAUGUUGACGUUUCCAUGGCUACGGUGGGCCACGGGAUGAAUGGGGUGAGAAGAAAAAUGCUGCCGUGGCUCGCUGAAGCAAAACUUAAUUGGCAAAAAUGGUUUGUUGUCACGGAGCAUUAUAUUUUGGCAAACGUCAUCGGAAUGAUUUACGAAACCCAAAGCCUAUUAGCGAAUUACUGUAAAUGAAUGACCGCCGCAGUGAAAUGAGCGCGUGAGAGAGAAGGGAGCAGACGACACGCAUAAUGCAUUGGGUUGGGUCAGGGGUGGAUGCGUGUGCAUUUGGUGAGAAAACUGCAUGGUGAUGAGAAGCCGAGUGAGUGAGUGUGUGAGAUAGAAAUACAAAACCACCCUUGCAGUGUGCGAGCGGGAAAGAGCGAGCAGUACAGCUGGAGUGCAUUCGCCAACACACCAACACAAGCAACGACACGUAAGCACCGAGUGAGAAGCGAACUCACUGUGGUGAGCAGUGCCGGUGCUCACUAUACAGAUGGUGCAUUUUUUUCAUCCCUUAAAUGCACCCCCGGCGCAGGACGAUUGAUAGAGUGCGAACUAUUACUCGUCCUUGUCUAUCGCAUAUGACGCCACGGUAAACGCGUACAUGAGAGACAAGGAGCGCAACGUACGCGAGAGAGAGAGAAAGCAACCGUCUCGCACUACGCCGUGAGUGAGAUGUCAGCUUGGAAUGCGUGCGUACUGUCACGUGUGUGAGUAUACCCAUGCUAACGCAUCCGUGUGCACGCGCGCCUGCACGUGCGCUAGUGUGUGUGUAUGCGACGCAUCAGAAGUGAGCAGGCAGAUCAGAUCACGGGAAUAGGGUGUGUACACUCGGCAUUUUUUCCACCGGAUAACGUCUCAGUAGCGCAUCAGAUCGCGCGCGUUGUUUAGUGCCUCCUUCACCGCCACAGUGCGCGCGUGUGUGUGUCGUGUAGUGCGUGGACGAAACAUUUCGGUUUGUCACAGGGUAGCAGGCAGUACGCCCGUGCGUACACUUUCAUUACACGUGUGUAGCUGCACACAAGGGUGCAGUUAGUGGUUUUAGUGCGUUUUUUACGUUACUGGCAAGGGAGAAUAGAUUAACAGUGACAGUAGAGGUCGUUUAGCUGGUGUAAUUGUGUCCGUUUGUGUGUGUGUAUGUUACUUUUUACAUGCUGUUGUGAUAAGAAGUUUUAUUUCUAAUUUCCUCAAAACUACCCUUAUUUAUCGUCCCGCAAAAGCUCGUAUGAUCGUAGUGCCACGAACAAACGUACAAGUGGUUGCGUGCCUGAGCAGCACUCUGUUCACUAGCAGGUAACGAUCACGUCUCGGUGUCGGCCAGCAACGACGACGACGACGACCAGCAAUCGUAUCAAGGGUUGGAGAAGGUUAAGGACGCGAAGAAAGGGUCGGUGGAGAAGGUGUUGAUGUUGAUUGUCAAAACGUCACCUACUACCAGUCACGACUGCAGACGUUUGGGAGUUGGUUCAAUAGCUUGGAUCAUCUCUAGAAGGUCCUUCCGAACCCUACCAACAGAAGAGACGGUUAACCUCUCCCUCUAGCUACGCGCUAGAAGUGGACGAGAGACAGAGUGUGUGAGAGAGAAAGCUAGAGAGAAAGCGGGUAAAAAAAAAGUGAGUGAAAUUGUGAAAAAAAUAAUUAAAUACCUGUGUCGGGAGGUUAAAACGACGACGAAAGACGCCAACACGACGUCGACCGGCAGGCGGUUGACGAGCCCUUAAACCCUCAAACGCAUCAGGACCGUCAAUAUAGAGACCCCGUCCCGUACAGCCGCGGCCGCACGAUGUUUAAGUACAUACCGAUAUUUAAGGGAUGCAACCGGCAGAUCGAGUACGUCGACAACCGGCACUCGUCACUGCCGAACGUGCCGGAGGAGAUCUUCCGCUACUCGAACAGCCUGGAGGAGCUGCUGCUCGAUGCGAACCACAUCCGCGAUCUGCCGAAGGGAUUUUUUCGUCUGUAUCGGCUGCGAAAACUCGGACUGAGCGACAAUGACAUUAUCAAAAUUCCAUCCGACAUACAGAACUUCGUCAAUCUGGUCGAGCUGGAUGUGUCGCGCAAUGAAAUUGGUGACAUACCCGAGGACAUCAAGCAUCUCCGCAGUUUGCAGAUAGCCGACUUCAGCUCGAACCCGAUCUCGCGGCUACCGGCCGGCUUUACCCAGCUGCGGAAUUUGACCGUGCUUGGCCUGAACGAUAUGUCGCUCAUUUCGCUACCGCAGGACUUUGGUUGCCUGUCCAAGCUGGUGUCGCUGGAGUUACGCGAGAAUCUGCUGAAGAACCUACCGGAGUCAAUUAGUCAGCUAACGAAACUGGAGCGUCUGGAUCUGGGCGACAACGAAAUCGACGAGCUUCCGUCACAUCUCGGCUAUCUACCAUCGCUGCAAGAGCUUUGGCUCGAUCACAACCAGCUACUACGGUUACCGCCCGAGAUCGGUAUGCUGAAGAAGCUCGUCUGUUUGGACGUGUCGGAGAACCGGCUAGAAGAGCUGCCGGAAGAGAUCGGCGGGCUGGAGUGUCUAACCGAUCUGCAUCUGUCGCAGAAUCUGCUCGAAACGCUACCGAACGGUGUGUCGAAACUGACCAACCUUUCGAUACUGAAGCUGGACCAGAACCGGCUUCACACGCUAAACGAUAGCAUCGGGUGUUGCGUGCACAUGCAGGAGCUGAUACUGACGGAGAACUUCCUGAGCGAGCUGCCGUCCACCAUCGGCAACAUGCUGGUGCUGAACAAUCUGAAUGUCGACCGGAACUCGCUGGUUGCGGUACCGAGCGAACUUGGCAACUGUCGGCAGCUGGGUGUGCUGAGCCUGCGGGAAAACAAGCUUACGCGACUACCAUCCGAGCUUGGGAACUGUGGUGAACUGCACGUGCUGGACGUGUCCGGGAAUUUGCUGCAGCAUCUACCGUACUCGCUGGUUAACCUGCAGCUGAAGGCGGUCUGGCUGUCGGAGAAUCAAUCGCAACCGGUACCAACGUUCCAGCCGGAUGUGGACGAAGCGACCAACGAGCAGGUCCUGACGUGUUUCCUGCUGCCUCAGCAACGCUACGUACCGUCGAACCCAAGCCAGCGCGAAGAUACCGACUCGGAGAACUGGGAGGAACGGGAAGCAUCACGCACACAUUCCGUGAAGUUUACGGAGGAUUUCGGUGCGGACCGGGAUACACCGUUCGUGCGCCAGAACACGCCCCAUCCGAAGGAGCUGAAGAUGAAGGCCCACAAGCUGUUUGCGAAGGAGCGCAAAUCGGACGAUUUGUCCGGAAAUUUGGACACACUGUCGGAGGAGUCCGCAUCGCGGCCUUCGCUGCUGAACCGUUCCGGGUACGGUGCGGCCACGAUGGAAGACAUACAGGGUCACGCAAUACCGCACGACGAGGAGCAGGUAGGGGAAGCGGCAGCAAGUACGGAGACGGCCAGUGUACAGGAUAAUGUGCGGGACGAUGAGGACGAUGGGUGCGAGAAGCGUGUCGGUUUCGAGGUGAACGAAGACGAGGAGGAUGAUGCGGAUCGGCAGCAGUACGGUGGAGAGGAUGGCGAUGGCAAAAAGCCAAUUUCCAAACUACACCGCAGAGAUACACCGCACCAUCUUAAGAACAAACGUGUACAUCAUACCAUCACCGAUAAAAAUACGAACCUGAUGUUUACCUCGCUGAAGCUGAAGGAAAUGACACCGCCAAAGCUGGACGAGCAUCCCGUACUGGAACAGGUACCAUCGACUGCUGCCAGCAUCGCUGAAGACACACUCGACACGUACACCGCGUUGAAGGAGGAACGGCUGGAGAUACACAUUGAGCGUACAUCUGCCGGGCUCGGGCUAAGCAUUGCCGGUGGGCGCGGUUCGACACCGUUCAAGGGCGAUGACGAGGGUAUCUUUAUCUCGCGCGUCACCGAACGUGGCCCGGCAGAUCUGGCCGGGUUAAAGGUGGGCGACAAGGUGCUGAAGGUAAACGGAAUCUCUGUGGAAGAUGCGGACCAUUACGAUGCGGUCGAGGUGUUGAAAGCGUGCGGUUCCGUGCUGGUACUGUUUAUUGCCCGCGAGGUAACGCGCCUAAUCGGUCAUCCGGUAUUUGACGAUACGGGCUCGGUAGCACAAAUCAGCGUAUCGGAUCAGGAAACGUUAAAGGCGAGUGGGCCACCAUUGUUGGGCGCUCCGCUCGGUGUGCCGACCGUUGUCGGCGAUAGUAUCGGUGUCCCGCCGUAUAUGGGCGCGCUGUCACCGAACACGGUCGGACUGCCGAACGGUGGUAGUGGUGGUGUCGGUGUCGGCAGUAUGGAUAUACCGAACGGUAACGAAAUAACGCAAAAGAUUAUCCUGCACACAACGCUGAUACGGGACCAGAUCGGUCAGGGGUUAGGUUUCAGUAUCGCUGGCGGUAAGGGCCAUGCACCGUUUAAGGACGGUUCGGAGGGUAUCUACAUAUCGCGCCUGACCGAAAACGGGGUAGCACACAAGGAUGGCAAGAUAAUGGUGGGCGACCGGGUGCUAGCGAUAAAUGGCGUGGACAUUACGAACGCUCAUCACGAUUACGCGGUACAGCUGCUAACCGAUCAUCAGCGGUUCGUGCGUUUGGUGGUACAGCGUGAGGUGAAGGGACCGCUAGAAUCGCUACAUAGUCCCCGCAGUCCCGUCGUUGGUCCAAAUCGCACCGGCGCGUACAUGCCCAACCGUCUUGCAUCCACCUACACCGGUUACCGACGUACGGCCGAUGACGGUCAUGAUCCACAAACUGCUCACCCGCACCACCACCUAACCGAGUCCGCCAAAACGCCCGACACCGAACCAAAGGUGGUGGAUGAACAGCACACGCAAAAGGUAACUGGCGGGGCUAAUGCACUUUCACCUAGCUCCUCAUUUGCACCGCACACGCCAUCAGCCACACUGCUGCAGGGGCCAAUGCAGGUGGAAGCUGCUAAGCAGCAGCAGCAGCAGCAGCCUCCCCUGCCCGCACCGCGUACAGUAUUAAUGCAAAACGUAAAUAACAAACACAGCACCGCUAACAGUAGCACUGAUGGCAGCAGUAACGGCGUGAUGCACAAACCACAGGACCACCAGCCGUCCGAACUGGCGGCAACCACCAAUAAUGGUGUGGUAGCGCACGCUUCCACUAGCGACGAUUCGCAGGUUGCAGCGAGGCCCAUGACCAGCGCAGAUUUUCAGGCCAUGAUACCGUCACACUUUAUCAGCGGCGGGCGGCAGGUAACCGUGGACAAGUCCGACCACGGUCCCUCGGUCACGGUGACGGUGCAGAAGGCCGUGCCGGACAUGCCGAUGUUGCCGCCGGCACCGACCGAGCUCGGUACCGUCACGGAAACGAUUACCAAGUCAACGUUCACUGAGACGGUAAUGACCAGGGUCACUGACAAUCGCUUAUUGGAACCACUAAUCAGCGAGGAGGUUAUCCUGCCGAAAGAUCAAGGAUCGCUUGGCUUCAGUAUUAUCGGUGGCACUGAUCAUUCCUGCACCCCGUUCGGGGCAAACGAGCCGGGCAUAUUUAUAUCGCACAUCGUAGCAGGCGGUAUUGCUGCCCUGUCUGGUAAGCUGCGCAUGGGCGAUCGCAUCCUGAAGGUGAACGGAACCGAUGUGACGCAGGCCACUCACCAGGAGGCUGUAAUGGAGCUGCUUCGACCGUGCGACGACAUCAAGCUAACCGUGCAGCACGAUCCACUUCCGGCAGGCUUUCAGGAAGUGGACAUCAUCAAGCAGGAUGGUGAACGGCUUGGCAUGCAUAUCAAGGGCGGUCUAAACGGUCAGCGUGGCAACCCGCUGGACAACGCGGACGAGGGUGUCUUCAUUUCCAAAAUCAAUGCCAACGGUGCUGCCAAGCGUGACGGACGGCUACGCGUGGGCAUGCGCAUCCUGGAGGUGAACGGUCUGUCGCUCCUCGGUGCGACACAUCAGGAAGCGGUCGAUGCAUUGCGUGCGUCCGGCAAUAAGCUGCAUCUGGUCGUAUGCAAGGGUUACGAGAAGUCGGACCUGCUGCAUCUGACUGGCAGUGCCGGUGGUAUGAGCACCGGGCUUAGCAACAAUGGCGAUGGUGCGAGAAUCGGCUCUCGUGCAUCUGAAACGGGUUCGGAGCUUAGCCAAAGUGUGUCCAGUCUCGAUCGGGACGAUUCGGUAAUCAUGGCGGAAACGCAUCGGAAGCUAAGCGUGGACAAGAUCGAUGAGGAGACGCUACCCGCAAAACCCACUGCCACCGAACCGAUCGAACAGCCCGAACCUACCUCCCAGGCUCUUAUCAGUGUCAAUCCAACCGAUCAGCAGGUGGCGAUCGGUUCGAAGGAGAAAAGUACCCCCGAAAAGGUACUGGAUAUCGUACGUGCAGCCGAAUCGUUAGCGCUCGGUAGUCAGCUAGUCGAGAAUGGACCACCAAAAUCACCAACGGAGGUGACGUCCGAACCGCUGCAGAAAACGACCACUAUCGUGAUGUCCAAGCACACCCUCGAUACCCAGACACCUCAGAUCGAACGCCGCUACGGAAGCGUCCGGUUGUUGUCGCAUGCGAACGAACCUCCCAUCUCCUCAAUUAACUCCUCCACCACUGUAGUGAACCCUGCUGUCGAUACUAACUACAGCCAUCCAAAGGGUGUACAGAAGGUUGUACGACCUCAUCGACCACCGCCACCACCACCACCACUUGCAACAGGUGCGGCAGGUGGCUUCACCGGCACCGAACCAUCAGCCGUACAACAGGCUGACGCUAGUGCGGAACAAUCGCCAGCCACUAAACCACCUCCACCACCGUCAAAACCCGAACCGAAAGAGCCCGCCGUAACGCACCGAAAGUCGGUUAGCUUUGAUCUGCACGAAGAUACGCACGGGUUUGAUACGGCGCUUCAUCAUGCACGGGCCGCAUUCGCGGGUCCUUCACCGACACCUGACCUGAAGGGUAUAUUGCGCGCGAGCAGUCCUUCGUCUUCCUCCACAAAUCGUAGCAACAGCUCGACACCGGAAGCGAUUCAGCUGCAGCAGCACAGUGUGCCGGCAGCACCGAAGGUAAUGGUGGCGAACAUUGAUUCUGAUCCUGACAUGGACUCCGACACCGAUUCCGACACCGAUACCGAUACGGACAGUUCGGGUGAUGGUCGUACGCAUGAGUUGGAAGAGCCGGCGGUAAACGACCGUACAGGUGCACCUGACCAGGCUCACAUUCGUAGGGCGGAAGUCGUGCGUAAUCAGGCGGCCCGUAAACUGCACGAAGAGUUCGGCCAGGGUGAUCUGGUAGAGUACGAGCACGAUUCGACGACGAACACGAUCCGGGAGGUGGUGGUGAGCGCUGUGACCGGGCCAACGCGACACACCGAGCGUGUGGAGGUGUUGCCGGCCAGGUACGAAACCCUACCGAUCAAGCGGACGGCACAGUUCGUGCACGAAAACACACCGAACAAUCUGCUCGUCCCGGAUGAGGUACAUCGGCAGGUACUGCUGGAGGAGAACGAAGUACGCAACAAGUUGCUGGAACAGUACGCACACGAACAGCAGCAUCAGCAGCAUCAUCAUCACCAUCAUCAUCACCAGCAACAGCAUCAACAUCUGCAACAGCAGCAGAUAUACACAAUGCAUCAUCAUCAUACCGGUGAACUAGUUGGACGUGUGCCUUCCCCAUAUAUGUACGAUUCUGGUUCCGCAUCCGUGUCGCCGUUACCGGCAACGUCACAGUACAUCCCGGGCAGCGUAUACGAUCACCAUCACCAUCUUACCAAGCUGACAGGUGCACCGCCACCACCAUCACCACCGUCCAACAUUGGAUAUCAUCUGCCGCAAAUCUACCCACCGGUACAGAUUCUGCCCGUACACUACACCAAACUACCAACACCGCAGCACACGAUCUACACGUACGCGUCCGGCUCGGUACCGGUUAGCCAUGCGCCAAUCGUAUCCCUUGCAGCAGGCAGUCAACCAUCCCUACCCUACACUACCGCACCGUACCAUCUGCCGUACAGUGGCAUCCCGACACGGGUAGGAACAACCACCGGAACAUACGUUUCCUCCGUGCAUCACCCGUCCACCACCAGUGCAGCCGCCACCGCCACCCACGUACUGAUGCCGUCACCACCAUUAGGACCGAAAACACCGAAAAGUGUGUCCGACAAGAAGCGUUUCUUCGAGAAUGCGAUGGAAGAUCAGCAAAAACCGACCCCGAAAUCAGAUAAAGUCUUCUCCUUUCUAUCGCAAGACGAGGUAGAAAAGCUGAGACAGGAAGAGGAGCGUAAAAUAGCAACGCUCGGCAAGGAUCGGAUGCACCAGCGUUUCGGUGCUGCGCGCGACGAUGAAGAUGACGAACAGUCGGACGGUGGCGAAUGUCCGACCGGUGACAAGUCGGACAUUAAUGAUAAUAACAUGAGAGAGGAACCGACGGGACGUGACACUACCGGUGAGGAGCAGAAGAUGGUUGCGUCGCUGCUGACGGCAUCGUCACCACUCGCCAAAACGCCCAUGAGCCGCAUCCCGAUACGUACGGCGAAUGCGGAAAAGCGUGCCCGCGCCAGCAACUGUUUGCCACCGGAGUACGACGAGUCCAAGCUGAGUCCAUCCGAGAUCCGUGCCCUACGGGCCCAAAAACGGGCUGCAUGGCGACAGGCGCGCUUGAAAUCGCUUGAAAACGAUGCACUGCAGGCGCUGAUUAUGAUACAAACGAUGAGCGCCGCCGGACAGCUGGAUGACUCGGUGAUGAAUGCGAGCAGCGCAAGCGAAGGUGUCGAUGGUGGUACGGGUGCUCUGCCACAGGCGACCGAACAGCCGGUUAGCGACGGCAAUGCAUCGCCAACACCGCUAGCACAGUCACCGUUGCCUUUGGAAUCAGUAUCGUCGAAUAACAUCAAUGAUGAGCAGCUGGGACACGAACCGAACAGCGACGAUGGACACCCUGAGGAACGCAGCGGCGUAGAAGAUGGCGGCGAUGACCGGUUGCAUCAACGUUUUCCGCGCCUUGCCGUCAAAUCGCGUCCGGGCAGCGAGAUCGUGGUGCGCGAAACGGAAAAGGUUGUAGAAGAGAAGGUGACGCGCCGGACGGAAGAGGCACCAGGUGGUGGCCUCCGGACGGUAGAGUACAUUGAGAAGGUCAUCGAAACCGAGGUGGAAACGAUGCGCGAAAAGAUCAUUAUGUUCGAGCUGGAAGACUCCUCGUCCGGUGAUAGUGAGCGUGACAGUGGAAAGAUGGAGGUGAACAAUGGUGUCACCGAACCGGACGACCAUCAUCCCCAACGAUGGGAGGAUGGGAACGGGACGGAGCGGCAACCGGAAGUAGAAGGGGAAGAGGAAAUGGUCGUAGAACCCGAACCGAUUCAGCUGCAAACGAUCGUCGAGGUGAUCAACCCGAUGCUGUCCGGUGACGGUCAGCCGAACGAUAUUGCGAUCGGACGCUAUAGUGAUGUGGUGUACGGUGAGGAAGAUUCGCUGGUGGUAGCCCCGGUGACUACCGCACCCGCCGAGUACGGUCGGUAUGCGUACGAGCACGGUACGUACGAAUCGAUCAACGACAAGAUGAAGCACGUGCUGCGUGAGCUGAAGCAAAACGAGAAGGUGCGGCAAAAUCUCUCCAAAAGCCUUACGGAGGACGAAAUCCUUGCCCUUCAGGCGCAGGAAGCGGAAGAAGCGGAACAGCUGGCGAAGCUAGACGACGAGGAGGAGGACGUGCCGGAACGGUACGAGGAGAAAACGGGCGCCAUCGGGACAGUGUUUAUGGUGCGCGAGCGACUGAUCAACGAUUUCUACACCCACCAGAGUGAGCUGGCACAGGAGCAGCAGCAGCAGCAAAGAAAGUACCAACAGAAGCUGCUACACGACAACGUGUCGGCGUACCGUGACUGCGAGGUCAUUACGAACCCGAACGCGGAACGAUUUUCGCCCGCAUUCGAUAACCAUUCCGGACCGGGGCAGCUAUACCAUCAGACGCUGCACUCGGAAAAGCUGAAGGCGGUGUUCGGCAGUGACGAGGAUGAUGACGAUGACGACGAGAAGGAUGGCGAGGAGGAUGAAGCGGACGAUCAGCGGAACGGUAAUGUUGCUGUUGGUACGGGUAAAGCUGUACCGGUGCACGAUAGUUCCGGUGCCAGGGGAGAUGAGGAAGACGACGACGAAGGAGAGGAUGACAACCUGCCGAACCGUGCCGUCGGUCAAACGACCAACGGAGCCAGCGAUAUCACCUCUACCACUAUCACUACUAAUACCGUCCCAACGGCAGCGAACCUCACAACUGCCGGUGCCAAUAACAAGCGCAAGAAGCGAAAGGGCAAAAAGAAAAAGUAAUGUAAGUUUACGACACGUAACGGUGGAAAAGUGGAUCUGUAUCUUCCAGGAGCUGAACGGGUCGACGCUCCUUCUUAGCUAAAUGUAAACGAUUUUAAGAAGAAAAACAAAACACACGUACGAAUGUGAACGAGGAAAUAAGAAGUUGGAAACAAGCUAUCCCCGUGUGUGGGAUAUAGAGUGGCAGUGAGUUUUUUUUUAGAUUUAUUUUAACAAUAUCCUCUAGAUAGCGAGAAAAAUAGUGAUAAGAAGCCAGAUGUAUAUGUGUGUUUGUUAUCACAAAUCCAAUACGCGGCAAAUCCAAUAUGGGCGAAGGAACAGGAAGCAGUAAACAACACUUGAAAAAAAAGAUGGCAGCCAGUGCAGGUGCAGCUUGAAUUAAGGAUAUAUUAUUUUUGCCGAUACAAUGCUUAUAAUUAUUUUCCCGAUUUUUUCUUUUUUUUAAUAAUUCUUCAUACUUUACCCCCAAGGUACCGUGGCGUCAAGGGAUUUAUGCUGAACACGAUUAAUUUAUACGAAAUGAUGCACCGCUAUUACACAUACUACUUCGUCCAUUCUACCGGUAGACAUUUGUUUUAUUAUCAGUUUGCAAUAAUGAUCAUCUAACGAACCGUUUGUCCUUUCAUUUUGUGUGUGUGUGUUUUUUUAUCAUAAAGUUUAGCAUUUUCUUAGUUAUUUAUCGCGACGCUUGAUGCAUUGUUUGAAGCACACAUGAAUUCUGAUUUCUUCGAUUUACUUACUUAUAGCUUGCAAAAACUCCUACAGUGCUUCAUUUUGAUAUUGCUUUACACAAGGUUUAUUAUAUUAUAGAAAGUAGUUAAACGGAGCGCAUGGAGCGGCAGGAAGAUACAUAUAUAAAUGUACUAAAAGGAAGGAGGGUUAGGAGGGUUGGGGAACAUGGGAAAAGGGUAGGAGAGAGGGAGAGAUGAGGAGCGCGGGGGUGUAGAAGAAAGAGCAGAAUAAGUGGCAGGUGAAGGAAGUUAUAGUGUGAAUGUGUGAGUGUGUGUGGAUGUGUGUACAGGGUAAGUGAGCGUGGGAGGCUCAAGGAAGCACUAGCAAUUUUUUUUAUUACCGAAAACCAACGCCAUUCCAUUCCUUUUUGGGCGUGUAUCCGUAAGUGUGCAGCAUUUUUAGAGCCAUCCCUGUCGCGUAUUUUAAUGAAAAACUUCUAAACCUUUCCGUUUCUUCUUUUACGCCCUUUUUCUGGCACUCCUUCAAUAUCUCUCUCUAUCUUCCACUGCUCCCGAUUCCGCUGUACUUUUGUCCUUCCGGCGUAUGGCAAUAUGUAAACCAAGCGAAAUAAAAAAAACUAUUUAACUCAAA